CCGGAAGUGGCCGAGCCUUUAGAAGCUUAGGUAGCGCCCUCUGUAGCGGAUCCCGUGGUCUGCAGGCUUGCCGGAAAGUCAAUUAUCCGACGAUCCUAGGGAGUGGCAGCUCCCGCACUUGGCGGCGACCGGAGGGUCGCAGAGACCUGCCCCCAAGGUGUCCCACUGUAUGGUUAAGGUUGGAAUAGAACCCGGGCUGGGAGAGCCGGGUUGGGUCCGCCGCUUCCUUGCUUCGCUUUGUCUUAAGUCGGCGUUCAGCCUAUUUUUCCCUUUAAGAAUUGGACACUUUCCGUUCCCCUUCUAUACCGGAGAAGGUGUUUGUAGAGGCUCUCACGCUUUUCAGAAGUCAUCAUAUUUAAGACUUGCUAGAACCAACAUGACUAAAGGAGUCAACGUCAUACUCCCUUGCACCUGAAAUAGAUCUGACUGUCCGAAGGACGAAGGAGCGGUCUGUGAGCACUUGUGCUAAGGUGGACUUUAUUCACACUCCUGAGUCCUGCCAUUUGGAGGGGCUGCCUUUGGAAAUGAGUUCUGGGAACUGAGCACAGGAACUGGGUGCCUGUACCAGGCUUGCCAUUUGCCUGACCAAGUUUCUCUUCUUUGGAUCCCGGCGCUGCAGUAGUUUGGAAUUGUAAGAUGCGGGUUUAUAGUAUUUGCACUCUAAAUCUGGUCCCCAGGAUUCUUACUGUCACUCCAUCUUUGAGGAGGGAGCAACAAGCUCUGCCCGUUGGUCUUGUUUGUUUGCAGCUCUAACUUCUAAAAGUUUGGAGUAUAGCCUUUUCCUGAGCGUAAUGAAAGGUUGCUUGGACAGUGAAAGUCAGAGAUCAGGCCACCUUUCUGCGAGCCUUCUGCUGGUUCUGAAGGAGUUCUUGAUCAGAAUGGCUUCGGGAUGGUUUUACAUGUCCUGCAUGGUGCUGGGAUCCCUGGGAUCAAUGUGCAUCCUCUUCACUACCUACUGGAUGCAGUACUGGCGCGGUGGCUUUGCCUGGGAUGGCACUGUGCUCAUGUUCAACUGGCACCCAGUGCUCAUGGUCUCCGGCAUGGUGGUGCUCUAUGGAGCCGCCUCACUGGUGUACCGCCUGCCUGCAUCAUGGGUGGGGCCCAAGCUGCCCUGGAAAGUUCUCCAUGCAGCACUGCACCUGCUGGCCUUCACCGUCACUGUUGUGGGGCUGACUGCCGUCUUUGGGUUUCACAACCAUUCAAAAAUCACACACCUCUACUCGCUGCAUAGCUGGCUGGGCAUCACCACUGUCGCCCUCUUCGCCUGCCAGUGGUUCCUGGGCUUUGCCGUCUUUCUCCUGCCCUGGGCAUCCCAGUGGCUGCGAAGCCUCCUGAAGCCUGUGCAUGUCUUCUUUGGAGCCUGCAUCCUUUCCCUGUCCAUCGCCUCUGUUAUUUCUGGCAUCAAUGAGAAGCUCUUCUUUGUUUUGAAAAAUGCCACCAGGCCUUACUCCAGCCUUCCUGGUGAGGCUGUCUUUGCCAACAGCACAGGGAUCUUGGUAGUGUCUUUUGGCUUGCUGGUUCUCUAUAUUCUUCUGGCUUCUUCAUGGAGACGUCCAGAUCCAGGAGCUCUGACUGACAGACAGCCCCUGUUGCAUGACAGGGAGUGAAGCCGGCAGGGCUCCCGGGAACAGUUGGAGAUGCAGUCUGCUCCCUCAGAAGCUCUGCUGUACUGGGGCUCCCGGCUGGUUUCAGCAACAGACUUCUCUUGGGCCAGAGACCAAACUUGCUACUCCAGUUCCAGGCUUGCUCUCCAGCCACUUGCUGUUCAUCUGCUUUUCUUGGUGGCUUUGACUUGUUGCCAUUUUUUCAGGUUCUCCAUUUGCACAAGGAUCUCCUUGCCUUGGUCACUCUUGUCUCUUCUGUUGGUCUGCAGAUUUCAGCCUGCUUUCCUUACCACUCCUAGGGAUGUGGUAGAAACCAAAGCUGGGGUUCAAAUGUAGCCCACACAUGUAAAAUAUAAAAUCUGCUCUCUGUGGGAGCAUUUGUCUCCGUUAGGCAGGUUUUCUCUUCUGCUCUGUCCUGGAUGUGCAUUUGGGUGGGCAGUGGCAUUGAGGGGUAACUCCUGGGACAGGGGCAGUAGGAGAAGCCUUUGCUGUAAGUUAGGUGCCCGACACGCUGCUUGUUCACUUUGAUGUGCUGUAUUGUGUGUAUUGUGACCAUGUGGUUCCCCUUCUUCUAGUUGCUGCUCCAGCUGCUACCUGGAUCCCGCCCUUUACCUGUGACUUACAUGCCUGUACCCCUCAGGUAGCCCUAUGAGCCCUGUUAAACAGUUCUCCCAAGAACAGACGUCCUGCCCCUAGAGUCCCAGUGAUCAGUGAGCGGUUUCUUUGGGCUUCCUUUCUGUCCCCUUGUGGGUAUGGGCUUUCCUGCCUCCUAUAGUUAUGCUUUCCCCUGACAGGGCCCCAGCUCACUAUGAAUUUGAAACCAGCAUUAUGAAGCAAUUUGCUGGGCAAAGCUCACAUUCUGGUUUAUCAGUCAUGAGGGGACUAGGUGACCUUUUGGGGAACAGAAGCACCCACUACUUAAUAAGGAACACCCUAAAGGCAGCAGCAGUGAAUGGCUUUGCUCUUCUCCUGAAUAACAAGUGGGUAGCGAAGGAGGAGUCUUGUCCCAUUCCUUUGUGUUAGCCUGUGGCACUUCGUGCCUUCUUCAGGCAAGCCCUGCCAGGUCCCUCAGCAGGCAAGUAGGAAGAGUUGGGUUCCUGCACUCUCUGCAGAUAGUGACCAGGCUGAACUUCAACCCGACUGCCAGAAGUUGGGAGGAGGGCUGGCAUGGACUUGCUGACCAGAUGAAGCCUGAAUUCCAUUGGGAUAACUGCUGGCACCUUCAUGAGCAUCUUCCUGCUUCACUCAUGAGUGGGUAUUUUACCUCAUGAAUCUGACUCUUAUUAAAUGUUUUUAAACAUUAAA